AUGCAGGGCACUAGAAAUACAGCUUCCACCCUCCCAAUCAUCGGACCGGGGGCGAACCAAAAGAAACGUCAGACAACGUUUAUUCGUCCAGCCCAGAUGAGUCUGUUUGCUCGAGUGACGUCCUACCCACCGUUGGGACAAGUUACCAACUUGCAGAGGCAGAGCACAUUGAAACCCGAGGAAGAUGAUACGGUUCGAUUUACAGUCGUCAUUGAGUCCAGCACGUCACUUCCGACUCAAUUAUGGGAAGCCCAGAUCUGGCACAACAUCACCAGCUCCGAAUGGACCGCUCUUCCACUUUCAAAAUGCGACCCAUCCCUUGCGCCAUUGUUGAAUGGAGAAGAUGACGAAUACAAUUAUCACCGCUAUGUAUUCUCAGAACAAGUUAAUCUACCGACGUCUGCUGGACAUGCACAAUUCACUGUGCGAUUUCGAACCAGCCCAGAUACCGAAUGGCAGUGGGCCAAUCAGCAGCAAACAAUAAAUGACGGAGAGCUUGUGUUUGGUCCCAAGAGUGCAAUUUCAGGACUGCACUUAUCGCCUGAUACAAUCCCAGACGAUGCAAAGGCAGAGCUUGCCAAGCAUAUCGAUAACCUAUCCCCCAAUGUACAGAUUGAAUCACUACGUACAGAGGCGCCGGGUUCUGCUCUCUGGGGAAUUCGUGGGGAUGUGGAUCCAGCGAAGGGAGGAGCCUCUGGAAUCAAGAGAUUCGCACUUGGUACGCCUUCAUCAAUGAUCAGGUAUUUCUCAUUGGUACGAAUUUGGAGUCCAUGGCUGGGCCCUCGACAUGGCAAAGACAAGUUCAGAUUGACAGAGGACGCGAUCCUGUGCUCUUUCCUUCGAAAAGAUGGUACAAAUCUUGUGCUUCUGGCUAUUUCUGGAAUCGACGAUGUCCUGACCGUUUUUCAAUCUGGGGACAACGGAGAGGUGGUGAUAAAAGCCAGAAGUGACAAUACCGAGACCGCCGGGUUCCAUGUCCUGGCUGCGGUAGCAGAGAACUUUGAGGUCGCCAUGUCGGCUGUGAUAUAUGAGUCCAGGAAAGUAGUCAGACCAUACGGGUCUCUCGCGAAUGAAUCUGUGGAGCAGCCACCAUUAUCGCCUCCAGGGGAUGAUGUGGUUGUUUUGGAGAAAGACCCGAAAAUCCAAUGGCUCGCGGACUGGUUCGACGGCUUGACGUACUGCACUUGGAACGGUCUUGGCCAGGACCUGACCGAGGAAAAGAUUAUCCACGCACUCGACACCUUGAAAGCGCAUGGUAUUCAUGUUGUAAAUUUGAUCAUAGACGACAACUGGCAGAGUCUCGACAAUGAAGGCGAGUCCCAGUUCAAGCGUCGCUGGAAGCAAUUCGAGGCAAAUCCCAAGGCAUUCCCGCGUGGUCUCAAGCAAACGGUGGAGAAAAUCCGGCGAUCUCACCCCAAUAUUGGACAUAUCGCAGUUUGGCAUGCUUUGCUAGGCUAUUGGGGAGGUAUAUGUCCGGACGGCGACCUUGCUCAGAGAUACAAGACCAAGGAAGUCAAGAUUAAAGAUCCUGCUGCCGGAGGUCCUAUCGCGCAAAACAUCAAAGAUGGGAAAAUCCUCGCCAUUGACCCCGAUGAUGUCCAGCGGUUCUACGACGAAUUCUAUUCCUACCUUGCAUCCCUCGGAGUGGACUCUGUCAAAGCUGAUGCCCAGUUUUUCAUUGAUCUUUUCGAAGAUCCCGAAGAUCGAAAGAGGUUUAUGACAUCUUAUCAAGAUGCCUGGACACUCGGGAUAUUGAAACACUUCAGCAGCCGGGCCAUUUCGUGCAUGUCGUUGAUUCCACAAAUGAUCUUCCAUUCGCAAUUGCCAACGAACAAGCCAUCAAUUACCCUACGGAAUUCAGAUGACUUCUUCCCCGAGAUCCCGUCAUCUCACCCUUGGCAUGUGUUCUGCAAUGCGCACAAUGCCCUGCUCACUCGGUACCUCAAUGUCUUGCCGGACUGGGAUAUGUUCCAGACCAGUCAUCCAUACGCUUCUUUCCACGCUGCAGCUCGUUGCAUCUCUGGUGGACCUAUUUAUAUCACGGAUGAACCUGGAAAGCAUGAUCUUGAAGUCAUUGAUCAGAUGACGGCAUCAACCGUUCAAGAUACUACUGUCAUCUUGCGCCCAAGUGUCAUUGGCCGCACCAUUGACGUCUACCAUGAUUACAAGGAGGGACAUGUCCUGCGGGUGGGGAGCUAUACCGGAUGGGCAAAGACGGGGAGCGGCAUUUUGGGGCUUUUCAACAUCCACUCUACAGCGGCGUCGUGCAUCGUCUCCUUGACAGACUUCCCAGGGAUUCAAGAAGAUUCUGAAGGCGAAUAUGUGAUCCGCGCCCAUACUAGCGGCAAGGUCACAGAUCGUUUGAAGCCUCUAGCUCAAGAUUCUCUAGUGUCUCUGGUUUUAGAGCAGAAAGGAUGGGAGAUCCUCACUGCUUACCCGACUCGUUCAUUCGCAUUGAAGGGAAACCGCGGUAUUAGUGGCCUCGACGAAGCCCUCACCCAUGUAGCCGUUUUUGGGCUUCUCGGAAAGAUGACUGGAGCUGCAGCAAUCGUUUCUUCGGACCUCUCUGUUGUCGAGAAUGGGCGCUUGCGUUGCGAUGUUCAUUUGAAGGCACUGGGCAUGCUUGGAAUCUAUAUCUCAGACCUACAGAACCGUAGCAUUGCCGAAGAUUUCAUGGUAAUGAUACUUGGGCAGCCAGUGCCACAGAAGACCGUUUGGAAGCAGGGCGGAGAGAAAGCUAAUGUGUUGGUUAUUGAUGUUCUCGCCGCUUGGAAGGCGAUGAAGCUCAACAGCGGAUGGAGUAACGAAGCCUUUGUUCAGAUUUUCAUGGCAUAG